CAUGAUAGCGGAUUUGACAAUUACAAUAAUUCUUAGGUUAUGUUUGUGGGUAAAAAAAAUAGAUGAAAAAUGUCUGCAACGUUUAAAAAUUCUAAAAAGAAGCUUAUACAGACCGAAUUUCGUCGUCUGAUAAGUGAAAAAAGCAAGUUACAAAAAGACGUCAAAAAGAUAGAGUCACCUCUUGCAAAGUAUAACGAUUCAGGUCAACUAACAUGCGUCCUAUGCAAAUCCGUUGUAAAAUCAGAAAACGUUUGGACCGUCCACAUAAAUUCAAAACAACAUCGCGGAAAUGUAGACCUGGCCAAGAAACUCAAAGAAAAGACCAACAAUUUUACCACUCCCUUAAAACGGCCUUUGACACCUCCUAUGGAGGUGCCCCAGAAGAAAAUUAAGGGGAUUUUAAAAAACUCAAAUUCAAGUAGAAGUGAAGAAAGCAACGACAAAGAUCUUCCUGAUGAUUUCUUUGACUCUAAAUCACAACAUGGACCUCCAAUCUUACCCGUGAAGAAACCACCAGAAGAAAAAAUGGAACUUGAUGACAAUACAGAAACUUUACCUGAAGGCUUUUUUGAUGAUCCUAAAUUAGAUGCAAAAGCUAGGAAUCAGGAAUACAAAGAUCCAGUUGAAGAAGAAUGGGAGAAGUUUCAAAGGGAAAUCCGCGAGGCUGAUAAUAAAAGUGCUGCUAUUAUAGCUGAAGAUCAAGAGGAGUCUACCAAUGAGCGGCAGAUUGAUGAAAUUGAAGAACAAAUGAAGAAAUUAUCUAGAGUUUUAGAUUUAGAAAAGAAGAAAGAAACGAUUAUAACACAUACUAGUGGUAGUAAAGUGGAGAAUGAGGAUGAUUCCAAUGAAGAAGAUAAUGAAGACUUUGAUGAGUAUUUGGACUGGCGGUGUAAAAAGGCGUUUAAAUAAAUUAUUUGAUUUUUUAUAUCAAUAAAUUAAUAAAUAAACAAUAACAAUAAUA